AUGCACUUCUCCGCUAUUGCUGCCGCCUCUAUCCUCGCUGUCUUCUCCCAGGUUCAGUACGCUCCUGCUCCCUUCGCGGCGGGUCUCGGACUUGCUCUGGGUAUGGAGAGUGCUGCCAUUGCUACGGCUGAUGGAGCCCUCGCCACUCUUGGCGGCGGUGCCAUUGCCGGCGGAGUUGGCCAAAUUGGCCGCCGUAUGAGCAGAUUUCCAUUCGUUUCCAAGCGUGUGGACCUUCCCCCUGGUGUCUCUCAGGAGUCUUACCAGCAGUGCCAGGAUCAGCUCAACGGCGACGGUGUUCGCGUCGAGAUUUCCGGAUCCACUCCCGACACUGUUCACGUCAAGGGUCUUCCCCCCGCAUGCAUGAACCUUGCCACCGUUAUCACCGGUGACCCUACCCAGGAAGGAGGUCCCGUCCCAACUCCCAUGGGCUCGGACAGCCUCGACUACAGCGGCGUGUCUGAGGACAACCUCCGCGAGCUUGGAAAGACCCUUCAGCAGAAGGGCGUUGCUCUCCCUAAGGCCAACUAA